GGGCAAAGCGCAACCGCCCGUUUCCAGGGAGGAGAGGCCUGCGGAGCCGAGUGGGAACUCAGGACCCGGGGGUCCCCGCUGUCCUCUGUGCUUGCGCUGCCGCCCACAGGCACAAUGUGGACAUUCUCAGUUUAGAAUGUGGGAAUGAGCCAGGGUUUAAAGCAUGUCGUGGAGAGUGCUGAUGGGACCCCAGCUCUGCAGGCUGCGUCUUUACAGAACGCCGCCAUCAGCUUUCAAAAUCAGACCUUCGGUGUGUGCCACCUAUGAAACUGACAGCCAGUCCAACAAAGAGAACACGAGAACAGUGGCUGGGCUCCGUGCAUGUUCUGUGGACAUCAGGAAGAUCCGCAGACUGAAACCAUGGGUGCUGCUAGAGGAUGACACCCACGUUGAAGAGAUCGCAGACAUUCUGAAAGAACUAGGUGCCAGCAAGACUGUGGUAGCCAGUAUCUUAGAGCGCUGUCCAGAAGCGAUCGUCUGCAGCCCUGCUGCGGUGAAGGCCAAAAGGGAACUCUGGCAGAUGGUCUGCAAAAGCGAAGCAGAGCUCAUCCGGUUAAUAGAGCAUUUCCCAGAGCCUUUCUUUACUGUCAAGGACCAGGAGAACCAGAAGCUCAAUGUUCAGUUCUUUCAAGAGCUGGGGCUCAAGAAUGUGGUGAUUAGCAGGCUUCUGACAACUGCCUCUAGCGUCUUCCAUAAUCCUGUGGCGAACAACAGGCAGAUGAUCGGGGUUCUCCAGGAGAGCUACCUAAACCUGGGUGGCUCUCCGGCCAAUGCCAAAGUGUGGCUGCUGAAGUUACUAAGCCAAAAUCCAUUCAUUGUGUUGAAUUCUCCCACAGCUGUAGACCAAAUACUAAAAUUUCUUCAAGGGCAAGGUUUCACAGACUCUCAAGUUCUUCAGCUGCUGUCCAGACUGAAAGGGUUUCUUUUUCAACUGCAGCCAGGAAGCAUCCAGAACAGUAUUUCCUUUGCUCAGACGACUUUUGAGUGCACAGACCGUGACCUGCGGCAGUUAGUGGUGAACUGUCCUGUGCUGCUGUGUUACACUGCCCCUGUUCUAGAAGAGAGGAUCCAGGUACUUCUGAAGGAAGGAAUCUCCAUGGCUCAGAUAAGAGAGUCACCAAUGGUCCUUGAGUUAACGCCACAGAUAAUCCAAUACAGGAUAAGAAAGCUGAACUCCUUGGGCUACAGAAUAAAGGAUGGGCAUCUAGCAAGUCUAAAUGGAACAAAAAAGGAGUUUGAGGCUAACUUUAGCAAAAUGCAAGCCAAGCAAGGAAGGCCGCUAUUUAACCCUGUGGCACCAUUAAAUGUGGACGAGUGACAUGGAGCUUCUUUCUAGCAGGGAAAGUGACCGAUUCACAAACAAGCAAGUCAGCUUGUAAGUACUAGGGAGUCUCAGGACCUACUGAGAUUUGAAUUGUGUUCAAAUUACCUCACAACUGAUGGCCUCUGACUCAUCUGCUGUGUUUUAAAAUAUAAAAUAAAUAUAAAUUGUGUUUAAAUAAAA